GUUUAGCGCAAAUAAUAAUUGUGACCAUUAGAUUAAAAUAAUAAUAAUAAAUGAUAAAAAAAAGAAGAAGAGAGAGAUGGCAUGGUAACACUGAAACCAACUAGAUAUUAUCGAAAGGGGAGGAUCCAAAUCCACUGGGAUACUCCUAUAAAACAGCGAUUCCUGGGAUUCUGACUGCUCUUCUUCUUCUUCUUCUCAACUCCUUCUAAUUCAUUCACCGCUCUCUUCUCUUCUCUUCUCUUCUCUUCUCACGAAUCCAAACACCCCCAAACCCAAAACCCAUCUCUUUCCUCCUUAACUUUGGCUUUUGUUAAAGUGUUUUAUCAUCAACAACUCGUUUUUUGUUGUUAAAUCGUUAUCAACCAUUCCACUUUUCAAAAUUUUUUUGUUUUUCCAACUCGUCAGUAAACCAAACUAAAUUUUUCAUGAGCACUACCCGUUUGGUUUGGUUUAGUUAGCGAAUAAAUAUGUUAGAGAUGAAAUCCGUCAGAUACAUCAGAUACACAGAGCACAGAACGGUAACCAACAAAUUGGUGAAAUCCCAUUCGCUGGUAAAAAGGCAAGAGCCAAGAAUCGUUCGCAUUUCCGUUAUGGAUGAAGACGCAACGGACUCUUCCAGCGGUGAAGACGAAGACUUACAAGGAGGCAGAGGCGGAGUCUUGAAUUCGGUUUGCAGAGUGAAAAAGCUGGUGAACGAGGUACGAAUUGAAGAGUAUGGUGGUGUUGAGUGCAGGAAUAGUAGGAAUAAUAAUAAUAAUAAGACAAAGCAAGUGGUGGCAUCAUCGAAAUCGAAACCACCACAACCAGCCAGCGAGCAGUAUUUCCCAAAUGGAAAAAGAUAUCGAGGUGUUCGUCAAAGACCAUGGGGGAAAUGGGCUGCAGAAAUCAGAGACCCUCUCCGACGGGCCAGGAUUUGGCUCGGAACCUACGAGACGGCGGAGGAAGCUGCUCUGGUGUAUGACAGAGCAGCCAUUAGCAUUAAAGGACCAGACGCUCUCACCAAUUUCUUAAAGCCACCUGGAAAAGAUAGAGAAGGAAAAAAAAUAGAGAAUGAGGACUCUGAUCAAGAGUGCCAAAUUAGACUGUCUUCUCCUACCUCGGUUCUACGAUUUCAACCAGUUGAAUUCGAAUCCAACAACAACAACAACAACAACAACAUCAAGAAGGUAAAGGAGGAGGAGGCAGAGCAGAGUGAUGAAUGGAGACCUUUACCUUUACAAUUAGAGUCCGAUGAUGAUGGGUUUGUUUUGUUAGAUUCGAAUUUCUUGGAAGAUUGUUUGGAAUCGGAAACUCCUCCUCCGCCGAUAUUUUUGGACGAAAUGAGUUUGGUACCGGAAACCACUAUGGUUUGGAAGGAGGAGGGUUUCGGGGAUAUGUCGGUGGAUUUGGAUGAAGAUUUUGGGUCGUGUAAAUGGGAUGUGGAUAACUACUUCCAAGAUCAUUUGGUUAUGCAAUGAAUGAAACCAGCCAAAGUGUGUGAUUGAGUGAGUGAGUACUGAGUAAUGGUUUCCGGAGCAUCAAACACAGUGUGGGAAAGUAUAAUCCAGAUAGAACUGUUCAAGCGGUGGGUGCCCCCCAAAAAAAAAAAAAAAAAAAUUUGGUAAACUUCUCAAGUUUCGAAAUUUGCUGAGGUGGUAGAUUCCGAGUGGAGUUUUGACAUUAUUUAUUUUUGUAUUUUUUAUUAUAUACUAUGUUCUUUUUUUUUUCUUUUUUUUUUUCUUAUUUUUGUUUUGAUUUUGUUACUUACUUGGUAUGUAAAUUCGUGGCUCUUGUGCUUAAUUUGCAGCAAUAUUAAAAAAAUGUGAAAUUCUAGAUUUUCUUUUAUUAUUGUUUUCAAUUUUAAAAUUUCCAUCUUAUCGCAGAGAUAAUUAGUU